GAUAAUUGGAUUAGCCAAAGGAACUCCUUUGAUCUGUUUGAUGAGAAAGACGUUGAUAAAUAGAAAGUGAAAAUGACACAUAAAUCUCACUGAGUCUGUUUUUUUAAAUAUGGAAUAAGUGUGUAUUUGAAUAUAAAUUGUACAUUAUCUUUUGAUUAUAUGUUCAUGGAUAUGGAAAUUAGCACUUAACAGAAAAAGUUUAAAGCACCUGAACAUUUUUUUUACCUGGAAAUGGAUUAUACACCUUCAAAACAUGUAUGCUGUUUGGUGAUUUUUUGGAUAAUAUCAGUAGAUACCUUUCAGAAUCCUGCAAUAGACAACCCUUUACCGUAUGUUAAAGUACGACCUACAGAUGGCACCACCAGUUAUAAUGGGACCAAAUCAGGAGAUUAUGUGAUACCCACAGGACAAAGUUUUACGAUAGAAUGUCAUGGUGCAUAUCCUCCAAGACUAAGAGUUUUACGUAGAAAUAAGAAAAAUGAGGAACCUAACUUUGUAUCCUUGAAUAUAACAAAGGUUGAACUUAGUGAAAACCAAACUGUCAGGAACUUUGGAGCUUUUUAUCAUGUAUUCAAUCCAGAUUUCACGUACACAGGACAAUAUGAAUGUUUCUAUGUAGAUAAUGAAAAUCUUGGGACAAAAGUUUACAUCUAUAUUAGUGAUCCAAAUAAUUUAUUUGCACCAACAUGGACACCAUUUCUGUUUUUGGCUAUAUACCAUUAUAGAAAGGCAUAUUUACCUUGUCGGGUAACAGAUCCAUCCACGACUGUCAAACUGAUAAAUACUGCUGGAAAUAAUGAGGUUGAGGUCGGUGACAGUACAGCUGUGUCUUAUGACCCAAGACUUGGUUUUAUACUGCUCUACCCCAACCAGUUCUUUGAUGGACAAUUUGAAUGUGAAGCAACAUCCAAAGAUGGGAACAAAGACUCACUAAUUAUGGUUCUAAGGUAUCUUAGACAAACAUCAGCACCCCAGCCAGCCUUACUCGCACCUAAAACUACAGUAAAGAUAGGCGAAGAAUUUGAAAUCCAGUGCAGGACAUAUAUUGACCGAGGAGCUGCCGUAUUCAUGAACUGGUCAUAUUCAUCUAAUGAGAACUCCAGUAAUUCUAUUGAAUUAGAGCUUGAGAGACCAGUGGAUAGUGGGAGAUCAGAUCGAGUACAUUAUACAGAUCCAUUGCGAGAAGUUUCCUCAGGAACUUAUGACUUUGAUGUUCUGUACAGCAACCUAACAGUGAUAAAAGCUAAGAAGAGUGACGAAGGUGUAUACAUGUGUAAAGUUCUGACACAUGAUGGGAAAUCUAAUAAUGUUAGCACUAUUAUAAAUGUUAUUGCUGCAGAUUUCAUUUCAUUAGUACCUACCUCAUUAAAAGUGUAUGGAGUUGAAGGUCAACAGGUGACCUUGAGAGCAGAAUAUAGUGGAUAUCCUGACCCUAAUAUAACAUGGUGGCAUGAGGGUAGACAGCUUCAGACUUUGGAAGGAGAUGUGGAUGUUACAACUACCUUGAGAGCAACAGCUUAUACUGUAAGGAAAGUAACAAAACAGAUGUCUGGUACAUACACAGUUACAGCUCAAAAUACCCUCAGUUCAUCUAAAGAUAUAGAACUCAUUGUUAAAUAUAAACCUUUAGUACAGAUAAAGUCCACUAAGCUAGGAGAUUACUACAUACUCAACAAACUCUAUACCAUAACAUGUAACACAGAAUCAGUACCACCAGUAGACUUUGGUGAUAUAUGGAUGGAAUUCUCACCAUGUGGCAUCAAUCUGUGUAAUGACAAUAGCAGACAACAAUGGAAAAAACUGUCUGAUUCCAAUCUGAAGGUGGAGUACGAGGCUCAGGAAGGGAGUGGUUUCCAAUUAAUGUUGUAUGCUUCUCAGACUGGAGUGUUUAGGUGCAAAGCUAAAAAUGAAGUUGGCAAUACAACAUCUGCAAACGAAAUAGUCAAGAUAAGUGAAAUGGAGGAAGGUUUAUUCUUACAUGUGUCCUACGUCACACCAAUAGAGGAAGACAAAAUUACAAUUACCUGCUACGCCACCUUGUGGGAGUAUAAUAUAGUUAAUGUAUUGUACCGGGAGGAUGGAUCAGAUACACUGCAACCAAUAGAAAAUGGGAACAGGACCACCGUAACUAUAGGGAGAUCUGCAUUUUCCCUGACUGUUCAGCUGGUUAUUCAUUCAGUCCAACUAUCAGAUACUGGUUCCUAUGUUUGUCUGGGUAUGAAACCCAAUAGCAGUAGUAGUAUAGAACCAGAUAGAACAGAAAAAAAGAUUACAGUUAGAGGGAUCAUAAAACCACAUUUAGCUGGAGGAUCACAUGAACAAGAUACAAGAAUCAGUAUCAAUGAAGGCAUAUCUUACAAAGUGGCCGAUUGUGAAAUGGUAGGGGUACCCAAACCAACCUACCGAUGGUUUAAAGACAACAAGUUAAUAGACGAUGACAACAAUACGUUAGGGAUCUACUUCACACACAACAAUAAGAGUUUGCACAUUAAUGAAACUUCUAAGAUCCACAGAGGUGUUUAUACAUGUGAAGCAACAAACCGAGGGGGCGUGGCAUACAGUAACUGGACUUUAUCUGUUGGUGAGCUGAAUAAAGGACUUCAAAAAAGACACGAAACGGAAAUAAUUGUGGGAGUGGUUGUCGUAGCAACAAUAAUAAUAGUAAUCAUAGUCAUAUUGAUGUGUAUACUGUACAGACGUAAAGCAGCAGCACUGCAUAAAGAACUAGAGAAAACAUUGAUACAUCCAAGUGGAGAUUAUAACCCUGAUAUUCCUAUUGAUGAACAAACAUCCUGUUUACCCUAUGAUCCAAAAUGGGAGUUCCCAAAAAAGAGGCUCAGACAAGGUAUGGUAUUAGGUCAGGGUGCCUUUGGUCGUGUCAUCAAAGCAGAAGCUAUUGGUAUACAGGAUUCUGAAGAUGUCUCUACAGUAGCUGUGAAAAUGGUUAAAGAUUGCACAGAUAAAGAGCAGAUGAUGGCUUUACUAUCAGAGCUAAAGAUAUUAAUUCAUCUCGGUCAACAUCUCAAUAUUGUUAAUUUAUUGGGUGCCGUGACCAAGGAAAUAAGAUAUGGUGAAUUAAUGGUGAUUGUUGAAUACUGUCAUUUUGGAAAUCUGCGUAACUACCUCAUUAAAUAUAAAGAGACAUUUAAGGACACCAUGGAAGAUUAUAUUGAUCCCGCUGAGAUGAAGAGGCGUGAGGCAGCUAGAGAUUCUGCUAAAACACCAUAUUAUGUUAAUAAAGCUCCUUUAGAGGACUCGGCUGAUACAGAUGGUCCACUUCUCACCACCAAAAAUCUCAUUUGUUGGGCUUUCCAAGUCGCUAGAGGAAUGGAAUACUUGGCUUCUAAAAAGUAUAUUCACAGAGAUUUAGCAGCUAGAAAUGUCCUGUUAGCACAAGAUAAUGUUGUGAAGAUCUGUGAUUUUGGUCUUGCUAAAGAUUGUUACACAAAUCCUGAGUAUCAUAAAAAGGGAGAUGGUCCAGUACCAGUGAAGUGGAUGGCAAUAGAAUCUCUUACACAUCAAGUCUACACCACACAAAGUGAUGUAUGGUCAUAUGGUGUGUUUUUAUGGGAAAUGUUUUCUUUAGGUGGUACACCUUACCCAGGCAUUGAAAUCAACGAAAAAUUUAUCAACCUGCUGAAGGAUGGUUACUUUAUGGAGAAACCAGAUCAUUCAUCAGAUGAAAUGUAUAAAGUGAUGAAAGCAACAUGGCGAACAGAACCAGAUGAGAGACCAACGUUUACACAGUUAGCCUGUCUAAUGGGAGAUUUCUUAGAGGCUAAUGUUAAACAGUAUUACUUGGAUUUGAAUUCAUCCAAUUACUUCAAAAUGCUGGAUUCAGACAAGGCAGAAGAUGAUACAAAAAAAGGAGCGUGUGGAUAUGAUGGCUAUCUGAAAAUGAAUGGGGAAACCUCAGACUAUACUAAAAUGGAGCAAGCUCCACCCCCUCCCACUGAUCAAAUUAAGUUUGUGGAAGAAGAGGAUGAUAAAGACAGAAGUCGAUAUCUCAACCAAAAACAAUGGCGUAAGGAGAAAUCUAGUGACCUUGAACUUGAACCAUUGACAGGAGGGGAUGAUAGUGACAAUGUUAUAUUACGUAAAGCAAAUAAACGUGAGCAAUCUCCUCUAAAUAUCAAUACUUCAGCAGACGUUCAUAGAAACGAUGACACAGAUAGUGGACAUUCUAGUACAUGUGUACCUGGAACCUCACCCCCUGAUACUGGAGAUGAUGGAUAUUUGAUACCGAAGUCAGGGCCCGAUGGUGGGUUCGUUAAAAAAAAUGGGAACAAAAAGAACAAAUCAAAUAAUUUCUCUACAGACUAUCGCCAUGCUGAAGAUCAACCACCACCCACAUAUUCCACUGUUGUAGAAGAUAGUGAAACUCUGGUGUAAUAAAGGGAUAGAAUCUGUGUAAAUAAAGGGAGAUAAAUCAGGGCCUUGCUGAAGAUCAACCACCACUCACAUAUUCCACAGUUGUAGAAGAUAGUGCAGUAAGGGGAGAUAAUAUGUAAAUAAGGGGAGAUAAAUCAGGGUCUGUUGAUAAGUCAGUAAUGCCAUUAACCCAGUUUUUGUGAAUUAAGUCGUGUUAAUAAGUAUUUGACCUGAAUUUAUACCUUUAUAAAUCUCAAUAGUAUUAACAUAAUAUAGAUGUAUAUUGACAUUGAUGAAGAAUAAGUAUAAAUCAUAAAAAUUAUCCAAAGACAAGUAACUGUAAAUUCAUAAAUUAUUGCAUUUACUAUUGCUAUUUUUUUAAGAAAAGAAUAAAGGCAAGAUUUGUUAGUAUGAAUUCUGGAAAAUGUAUGUAUCAGAGAUCAGAAUGAGAGUUCUUAAUAUUUUGACUGUCACCACUUCUAUACAUAGAAAUAAUAAAAACCUCUCAAUAAUUUCUGAAUUUAAAGUUAAUUUAAAACAAAUUUGUGCAAUAAACUAUGUGACAUUUGUAUAUAUUUCAUGGCAUAUAUUUGUUCAUCAGUGCAAGGAAAGUUACUUUAACUAUAUUUGGAUUAUGGGUCAAUUAUUUAUUGAAACAUAUUUUGAUACUAUCAUUUAAGACUUGUUUCAGUAAAACAUUAGGAUAUCUCUUAGUUUUAUUUUACACGAAAAAAGUCAGUAAUAAUGGGUCAGGGUUUUAUAUACAGUGUUUGUUAAGUGAUUGGAUUCUUAGGAAAAUUAUUAAAGAUGUGCCAUAAUAAUAUUUGAGGACCAUUUGAUAUGAUAAAGUUUAUGUGUUCAUGGUUAGUGUAUAUGUAGGUAAAAUGUAUUUUAGAUUUGUGUAACCAUUCAAAUUGUACAGUAUACAUGGUGGUUACCCUAAGUGCAGGAGGAAGAGAGAUACAAAGUGCUUCUUAAUUAGAAUUGUUAGUUUAAAGAAUAUUUUGUACUUGUUUGUUUGUUACCAUGUUUUUUUGUUUAUUUGUUAAAUGUUGAUACAAAAUGCUCAACACUGUAAGCACCUUUAACCAUAUUGUGUUUAAAAUGAUGCAAAUGCUGACCACCCUUGCUAUAAUUGUCUUUAUAUCUUAAACCUCAUCUCAUUACAUAAUGAAAGUAGGAAAGCAGAUUGCAGUGUUAGAUAAGUCGUUUCAAAGGCACAUUAUCAUGAUUAUAUGAUAUUCAUUUUAUGCUGACAGCAGGAUGUGCGACCAGAAGAGAACCAAAAUGGGAUCUGCUGAAUUAUUUUACUACCAUUUUUAAUCAAAUUAACCAAAUUCAUUGAUAAAUUGUUAUUUCUAUACCCUAAGGCUUCUAAUGUUGUCCAUUCUUGCCAGUUGUUAUGUGUACAAGGCAUUAUUAAUAGUAACUGGUUGUUCAGACAUAUUGAUCUAUAUAACAUUGUAUAAAUAAAGGUACACAAAUAAUGAAGAGAAAAGAUAGAGAGAAAGAGAGUGAGAGCAAGAGAGAAAAAUGAAUCUUGUAAUAGCUUCUCCUACAGCAUGUACAGGGUGUUUAAUGGCUAUUAUAACCCUUGAGGGUCUUGCACAUUAGCUUGUGUUUUCUCUAUAGGAAAUCCCACUAUCCACAUAAAAUAAUGCAUACAUUUGUAGUUAGAGGAUCUUUUGAUUUAAUGUCUAGUCAGUUGAUGAAAAUCAAACAAAAACCUAAAGUAUUUCUAUAUAUCCCUAGUCACUUUAUAAUAUUAGAAUUUGUUACAGUUCUCAGAUUGCAUUUCCUAAAGCAAAUCAUUAUUGUUCAUAACCUAUAUACAGUAGAUACAGAAAAAUGUUUUAUAACUUCUGACUUCAGACAUCUUUUGAUAUGAAGCAAUUGGAAUUCUGUGUAUUUCAUUCAAAAUGUUUGAAAUGUGUCUGAUCACUUCUCAUUGUACUUUUUGGAAAGAUUAGAACUUGUUCUAAAUCUUUACUUAGGCACCACCCUCCCUAACAACAGGACAGGUUAGCUACUGUUACUAAAUGUAUUCACACUAAAAUAUAGUUCCCUAUGGUUCUCUUGAAUGUGCACAUAAUACACAAAUAAACUGAAAAACACUGGGUAUAUUAUUGGAGCAGAUCAUUCAAGAAUGUAUGUAAUUAAGGUGUGUUGAUGUGCAGGCUUUUUUAAAAACAUUUUGAUUAGGUGAGUGGGUAUUGAUUCCACUAGUAUGAUUGACAACUGUCAUUAUCACUAAACAAUCAGAGACAAGUUGGACCUUUAAUUACAAUGCCCCACCUCCUAAACUGCCAAUCAAAUUGACCACAUUACCUAUCAAUCUCAGUCUUACAUAAUUAUACAGACCACUCCAAUAUGCAUCUAAUUCUUAAUACACAAGUAUUUGACCUCAUAAUUGAAUACACAAAUGUGUAUAUUAGAUGUUUGAUAUUUAUAAGGAUGAUAGAUUUAUUUAUUGCCAAUUACUUUUGAUCUACAUUACAUAAAGUGAUUCUGUAAAUUAUAUCUGAAAGAUAAAUGAUUAAAAUGGAUUAACAAGAUCUUAAAAAAAUGAAAUAUGAAUAUAAAUAUGAAUAUAUAAAAGGUAUUCAAGUAUGUCCUAUAACAAGUUAGAUUAGUUCACCUUUUUAUCAGGAAUUGGCUUGAAACAGUUUUUAAAUUUAUAAACUUUUAAUUAUAACAAACCAUUGUUUAUUAGUUUGUUUCCCAUCAAUCAUUAUGUCUAUUUUAGUCAUUUGAAUUUUUAUUUGAAGUAAAUGUAUAUUUUUGCAAUCAAGAAAGAAUCCACAUUUCAAUAAAAUAAGUUUUUUAAUUGGUUUAUGUUGAAAAAUAAAAUUGAAAAUGCCCUGUGUUGAAAAAUACUUAAAAAUGUGAUCAAAAGGCACAUUAAAACUUUUAAUUUUCAAUGCCAUAUAACCUCUGUAUCAACUUAAAAAAUGUCCCAAAACAACACUUUUAGAUUAUAUUUGUUGGCACUUUAAAGCUUUUAGCUAAAUUUAUGUCUUACAAGGAUAGAUGAUAACAUUUACUGGAAGAAUUUUUGCAUUUUUUUGUUUUUUUUAAACAUGUUCUGAACUGGCAACAUAAUUUCGAUUAGAUAUAAACUGCAUUUGUGCAAAUUUAGAGACUCAUAUUAUUUAAUUUGAGCUCAUUUUAUCCUCAUACUGGAAAAGCAAGUUUCCUUCUAAAGACCUGCUGUAAAUGCAAUUUUCAGGAAUAGUGCUCUAUAAAUGUUCAUUCCCCCCCCUUUACCUUAAUAUGAAAUAAUUCAAACUACUGUUCUAAUCUUUCCAUGAGUGAUAUCCAUCACUUUGAUUAUAAAACACAUUCCAUUUUCCUAAGGACCCAGUGCUUGAAUUUUAAUGACACAGAUUGAAGGACACAUAUGCAUUCAACUGGUCUUCAAACUAGCAAAACAAACAUGUUCUAAGUUAGUUAGAGUAGCAACUUAAAAUAGGUUGCUGAGGCAUAUGAAAUUUCUACUGGUUUAAGACAAUUUCAGUUGUCACAAACUAUAAGACUUAUGUUUUAAAACAUUUGACUUUGUUCAUUAAAAUUCUAUUUAUAUCAGAAAUAGAAGUGUGCUGGUCAUGUUUAGAGUAGAUAAAGUAAAGACAAUGCUCAUGAAUGUAAGGUUUGUUUUGAAAUAAUUUGUAAACCAUGUUAACCUCAUGCUAUUUACCAAAUAUUUUAUUCAUGUGUGACAGUGGUCACUUUGCUAGUAUAUUGUUUUAAUUCUUUUGUUUUAAGAGCAAAUUAAUGUUUUAAUUUUGGGGUUUUUUCUUACAAGAUUGCUUGCUGUAAUGAAUCUCCUGACAUGAUAACCUACUAUUUUUACAAUACAAUUAUUAAUAAAGCUCAUGCUUGUUCGACACGAGGGAAUGGGACAUCAGUCUAUAGGGAAGUGUGAUAAAUAAUCUAUAAAGGGCCCUAAAGUUACUAGUUUAAAACCAUUCUAAUGGGAAAACAAACGGUCUUAUAUAUAUAAAAAAACAAGAAACAAUUACAUUUAAACAAACUCAUAUCCUUACCAGAAGAAAAAUAAAUUCACUGUACAUAUGAAUUGAGUGUUUAAAUAUAUUUUUUUUAAUCUUUUUUAAAGACUUAAAAAGACAAAAAUCAUGACAAUGUUAAAGUUUGAUUCAAAUUUACUUGAUACUUCCAAACCUAAAGACUUUUAGUUAUGGCCAAUUUUGCCAUACAUUAUAUUUUCAUGGCAUUAUUCUUAAAAAAUGGUUUUACAAACAUUCAUUUUUUCUGCUGAGUUUUUUAUACAAAAGAUGUAUGAUUACUUAGUUUACUAAUUGAUGGUGAACUGUUUGAGUUUUACUAUUUCAUGCAUGGUAGAUUGGUUUAUACUGACCUGUAAUACACGUUCAUAGUAUGUGCCUUUUGUUAUUUGUAUAUUAACAUCUGAUUAAUAAUUAUGUUUCAUUUUUGUAUUUAUAAUAUGUUGAUUUUAUACAUGAAGUUCAUGAUACUUUUUAAUUUGCGACAUAACUGUUUUUGUAAAUGAUUUUGUUGCAUUAUAAGUUUUUUAUGUAAUGUCAGUAGACCUGUAAAUUGUAACAUAACUGUUUUUGUAAAUGAUUAAAAGCAUUAAGUAUUUUAUAAGUAUUUUGUGUUAUGUCAGUAGACCUGUACAUUGUAGCACUAAGCACUGCCCAAACAUAGUAACCUAUAUAUAUACAACAUUUAUAUAAACAUAUCCUUCAUAAUGGCAUAAUUAUUUAAUGUUCUUAGUAUAAGACAUGACCUUUGUAGUACAAUUUGUUUCUCUAUACACAAAUCUGGAACUAUUUUCUAGGUAAUGACAUUUUUUUUUUAAAUUUUAACAACUUUAUUUGAUUUUUACUUUAUAUAUGAAUAAACGAGAUGGCUCUGUGAUCAUGUAUUUUUUUUCAUCAAGAAAUUGCUUCCAAAAAAAGUUUUCAUAUUCUAUGUAUAUUUGAAAGGCUUGGUCCUUUUGGUAAACCAAUUAAGUACAAUGAUCAUCUCUUCAAACCAAUCAAUUGUUUAAUGUUGUAGCUCAUUGCUGAAGCAGAGGCGGAUAUAGGGGGGCAGGGGGCCCGGCCCCCCUUUUGGGUAAAAAAUUUGGUUGCUUAUAUUGGGAAUCACGGAAGCAUGACUGGAGCUGGCCCCCUCUUUGGUCAGUCAGUGGGCCCCAACUUAUGAAAAUUUCUGAAUCUGCCACUGUGAAGUGAAAGUUUGUUAGUAGAAAGCAUGUGCAUUGUAAUAAAAACAUUCUUUUGUAAACUCCAAUUUCUAAUGAUUGACUGUCUGUUUGAAAAGUUGUCAAGGAACACUGGCUUGAAGAGGUGAAAUCAUAUUGCAAACUGAUUUAAUAAAAGCACCAAGCCUUUCCAAUAUGGACAGGAAGAUCAAAGGACAUUCUGUUCCCUGCUUUAUAUGCAUUGUCAAGAAAAAAACUUUUUGCUUUGGUAUUUUAUUUUUUGUUAAUUGUUUAUUAUUUAAAAAUGACAUAUUUUAUGUGUUAAUGGCGCCUUUUUACCUUUUCUUAUGAGAAUGGUCCAAUAGUUACAUUUUACAUGUUGACAGACUUUUAUUUUUAACAAGCUUUAAAUUUUAGUGCUUAUUUAAGAUAUUUAUUAUGUUUUUAGAUAUAGUGGCAUCAUUUAUAAUGUUCAGUUUACUGAUUAAAGGGGCAUCUUAAAAUGACAAAUAAAAUUGAUGGAAUUGUAUGUUGAAAAUCUAUGCAAGUUAAGUAGAUGUUAGGCAAAUAUACUCAUAACAGAUACCAGGAUUGAAAUUUCGUAUUCAGGCAAGACAUGCCUUUUAGGAUACAAAUGACUCAUCAGUGACACUUUUAGGAGGAGCAUUGAUGACUAAAAAUUCCCCAAAAUGUUGCCAAAUGCAGUUAAGGUUAUCCAUUCCUGAGGUAGAAAAGCCUUAGUAUUUUAAAAAAAUAGUUUUAUUAAUUUAUAAUUAUGACCAUAUCACUGUUAAUUUAUGUCAACUAAGAAGUGCUGACUGCUACAAACUAUUUUCAAGAAGUUAAUUAAUAUAAAGCGUGAUAGUGACAAGAACAGACAUGACCCCUUUAUAUGUCAAUAUCUGUACACUUGUGACAAAAUAAUACCACCAUUUUGUUUUCUGUGUAUAAUUCCAUCUGUGAAUGACAGAUCAUUCGAUUGUCACUCAAAUUUUAGCAUAAGAAGUACCUAUAUUUUUAUUUUAUCAUUGUACAAAUAUUCUCAACUGAACAAUAUGACGCUAACUUUUCAACAAUAUUAUUUGUUUUGUAACUACCAUAAUGAGUUAUUGUAUUAGGGACAUAAAAUUUUAUGUGUCUGAUUGUAU